UUUAAAGAAGUUAUACUUGUAUAAUCUAGGACCGCAUUAACUUUUCUUAGACUCGAAUUCGAUUAAUUUAUACAUCUACAACACUACAUACACAAACAAAUACAUUUAUAAUAAUACUCGUCUCUUAGGGCCAUAGUGCGAAGACUUGGUCUUUUGCUUCUUCUUCACCUUUCUCUACUUCAUUUCCAAGCUUUCUAUAUAUUUUCUUCUGUACUUUUAAUAAAUUUUCCGCUUGUCUGCUAUCUCUCACAUUAAAUCUAAACCUAAAUCAUUAGAAUCCCAAACUAAGCUUUAAUAAUCUUUAAUCCUCCGUUUAAAAAUAUAUUUUGUUUUUUUUUUGGCUUUCUUUUCGAUAUAGGCAUGGAUGGUCUCAAUAUGGGAACAACCUCUCGCUACGUCCACAACGUAGAAGGCGGUGGUGCCGGCCAGUUCUCCACCGACAACCACCACGAAGAUGACGGUGGCGCUGGAGGAAACCACCAUCAUAAACAUCACCAAAGUUUAGAUUUAAUAGCUUCUAAUGACAACUCCGGUCUGGGAGGCGGAGGUGGUGGUGGAGGAAGCGGUGACCUCGUUAUGCGGCGGCCACGUGGGCGUCCAGCUGGAUCGAAGAACAAACCAAAACCUCCGGUGAUAGUCACGCGCGAGAGCGCAAACACUCUUAGGGCUCACAUUCUCGAAGUCGGAAGUGGCUGCGACGUCUUCGAGUGCAUCUCCACUUACGCGCGGCGGAGACAGCGCGGGAUUUGCGUUCUGUCCGGAACCGGAACCGUCACUAACGUCAGCAUCCGUCAGGCGACGGCGGCCGGAUCUGUAGUGACUCUUCGAGGCACUUUCGAGAUUCUUUCCCUAUCUGGAUCUUUUCUUCCGCCGCCUGCUCCUCCAGGAGCGACGAGUUUGACUAUAUUCAUCGCCGGAGCUCAGGGGCAGGUCGUCGGAGGUAACGUUGUUGGAGAAUUGAUGGCGGCGGGGCCGGUGAUGGUCAUGGCGGCGUCUUUUACGAACGUGGCUUACGAAAGGUUGCCUUUGGACGAGCAUGAGGAGCAGUUACAGGUUCAAAGCGGCGGUGGAGGAGGAGGGAAUAUGUACAUGGAAGCCAACGGCGGUGGCGCAGGGUUGCCGUUCUUUAAUCUGCCGAGUUUGCCUCAUAUGGGAGCUGAAAACUGGCAGGGAAAUUCCACCGGCGCCGGUAGGGCUCCGUUUUAGCUACUUUUUUUUUACACAAACUUCAAUUUGGUUUUUCUCUUUUGUUUUUAUGGAAUUUAUGAAACUAUGAUUUUUGUUUGUUAAACAAUUUGUUCAAUAUUGAGCCCUCAGUCCAUGGUUAUUAGUUCUUACUUAGGUCAUUGGAUUAUCGUAUAAAGUUUCGAAAAAAUAUUCCACUUAUGAAUGACUAGCUCAUAGAUCGAUAUGUUUUUUA